UCCAUCCAGACACUGGACCUGUCAAAUAACCGGCUCACCGGGGAUCUCCCGGACUGCUGGUGCAACUUCAAGGCUCUGAUGUUCAUGGACCUAUCGAACAACCGUCUCACCAGGAAGCUCCUGGACUGCUGGUGGAACCUGGAGGCUCUGAUUUUCAUGGAUCUAUCCAACAACUCCUUCUCAAGUAAAAUCCCCGCAGCUGUGGCAAGCCACAACUGCUAUCUUAGGUCUCUUUACCUUGCCGGAAAUGGCUUCAUUGGUGCCUUCCCGCCUGUUCUAGAGGGCUGCAACUUGCUGGACACCUUGGACAUGGGGAAUAACAAGUUCUUUGGUGUUGUCCCUCCAUGGAUCGGGACUCACAUCCCAUUGUUGAGAAUCCUUAGCCUCAAAUCAAACAAUUUCACUGGAGUAAUUCCUAUGGAGUUAUCACGCCUUUCAGAACUUCAGCUGCUGGACAUUUCAAACAAUAGCUUGACCGGCUCGAUUCCGCUAGCCUUCGGCAGCUUGACCUCCAUGAAGCAUCCACAAAAUCUAUCGACUACGGAACUGUCCAACGAGUGGAAAUACUAUGAUAGAAUCGACAUAAUCUGGAAGGGCCAUGAGCAGAAAUUUGGAAAAGCGAUCCAGUUAUCAACCGGUAUUGAUUUGUCGGGCAAUUUGUUGUCUCGGUGCAUUCCUGAAGAGCUAGCCAACCUUCAGGGCAUCCAAUUUCUAAAUCUGUCGAGAAACCAUCUAUCAUGUAGCAUUCCUGAAAACAUUAGUAGUUUGACUUUUCUCGAGUCCCUUGAUCUAUCAUCUAAUGGACUUACAGGAGCCAUUCCGUCGAGCAUCUCGAGCGUACCGUGGCUCACCAUGUUGAAUGUCUCGAACAAUCUUUUAUCGGGCAAGAUACCCGCCGGGAAUCAGCUUCGGACCCUGACUGACCCAUCAGUUUACUCCAACAAUUCUGGGCUUUGUGGAUUUCCUCUAAAUAUUUCAUGUACGAAUACUUCGCUUGCACCGGAUGAGAGAAAUGGUGAAGAGGAGGACCACUGGAUGUACUACUGUGUGAUUGUUGGGAUUGUGUCUGGUCUCUGGUUGUGGUUUGGGAUGCUCUUUACAGUUAAGUCCUGGAGAUGUGGUUUUCUUUCCUUUGUUGAUGGCAUGCAAUGUAAAAUUAUGAAAAAGUUGUGA